AUGGGUGGUCGAGCUUUUCCGGACUUGCCUGUCCCUCGUAUGAAACAACACGUCUAUGAACAAGUCAAACAGACCACUCUCAAGAUCUUGUCGACACGCUACGUCGGCGCUACUGCCAUGCCCGAAGCUCCUGAAAAAUCCGACUUUGGUGAUGUCGACCUCGUCAUCGAACUGCCAUCGUCGAUGCUUUUGCCCGUUCAACAGGUGGCUCUCGAUCUCGGAGCAGUUCGUACCAAGAUCAACCACCCCACCUACUCAUUUGCUAUUCCUCUUGACAAUGCGAGACAAGCUCCCCAGACUUUUGCUCAAAUCGACAUCCAGGUUUGUCUUCCUGGCGACCUCGCCUGGACCAUCUUCCUGCAUGGCUACGGCGACCUUGGCUCUAUACUUGGGUCUUUCAACUACAGUUAUGGCUUCACAUCCAAGAACGACGGCUUGUUUGUACGUAUCAAAGAACAGGAAGCGCAGAAUUGGUCCGCGAGCCAGGUCUUCUUGAGCAAGGAUCCAGAACUGGUCAUGCAGUUCCUGGGUCUUGAUAAGCACAGAUACCAUCGAGGCUUUGAGUCCGAACGCCAACUCUUUGACUGGGCUGUGAGCUCCAGGCUCUUCAAUCGCAAGUUGGUUGAGAAGAGAAGGGACAACUCUGAAAUGCGCAGUCGAAUGGAGAAACGUCCGAUGUUCCGUCGCUUCAUGUCCGAAUACCUACCAGCCCUCUCAGAUGCCAAUGCUGACAGUCUCGAAACCCGAGAAACACUUACAAACAUUGCUCUGCUAUUCUUUGGCAAAGGAGAUGAGUUCAAUACUCGUCGCGCCAAAGUACUUAUCGAGAAUGCCGAAGAACACGCCUGGUAUGUCAUCAAGACCACAAUCCUCACGCCGCUCGCCAAACUCGAAAGCAAGAAAUUAAACGAGGUCGUCCGAGCCUUGAAAAGGUUUGUUGCCUUCGAAGAUGGCGAGCCGUACAUCUGCGACGAGCCAGAAAUGGAUGCUGAGUGUCAAGGUCGGUUCGCGUUCUGCAUCACUGAAUCGGACGAGGUAAACCCCAAACUGCGUGAGUGGAUUCCUGACAAUUGGGAAGAGGUCAAAAGCCGGGAAAGACAAAGGGUCAAGGGCAGCAAAAGGCUCGCAGGUCAGAAAGGAUGA